UACACAAUUUGAAUAUUUCCGACUAUUCUAAAAAGUGUAAAAUUCGUAGUCUUCUUGGAUUGUAGAUGCAAAAUUUAAGGCAAUGAACACCAACCCCCCCGAGGAGCAAAAGUUAGGUGAAAAUGAAGCGGCUGAAACACUGGCGGAGCAGCCUACACCUAUACCUCCACCACCACGGCCAAAGCACCCCACGCCAUCUGAUUCAUUUCCGGACCCGAUCGUUUACACGGAGAAAGGGGUGCGGAACGUACGCACGACCGAAAACGAUCCUCCAUCGCUCUGCGAGAAGAUAGUCUGUUUCUUCGCUUACGUUCUGUUCGUCAUUACGGUCCCCUUUUGCUUUUUUUUCUACAUAAUUGUGCUGCAGGAGUUCCAGCGUGCUGUGAUCUUGCGGUUGGGCCGUCUGCGCAAGGGCGGGGCACGGGGUCCCGGCAUGGUACUCGUAAUACCUUGCAUCGAUGCAUACCGGAGGGUUGAUCUGCGAACCACCUCAUUCGAUGUGCCGCCGCAGGAGAUACUCACCAAGGACUCGGUGACCAUCAAGGUGGAUGCAGUUGUCUAUUACAGUGUGAGGAACCCACUCGAUGCUGUUCUCCAGGUGGCGAAUGCGCGCGAAGCCACGCGAUUGCUGGCCAUGACCACGCUGCGCAACGUCUCUGGAAUGCAUAUGCUGAUGGAGCUGCUCACCUCAAAGGAGUCGUUGUCUAAGCAGAUCGAGUGGAUACUGGACGGGGCUACCGAAGCCUGGGGGGUGCGGGUCGAGCGCGUCGAGAUAAAGGAGAUUUACAUGCCGGCGCAGUUGCAACGGGCCAUGGCCGUAGAGCAGGAAGCGGCUCGCGAGGCAAGGGCGAAGGUAGCGGCAGCCGAGGGCGAGCGUGACGCGGUCAAGUCGCUCCGGGAAGCCGCCGAUAUAAUGAUGACGAAUCCCAUAGCACUACAGCUGCGAUAUCUUCAGACGCUCAACACCAUAUCCAAUAAUGAGACGCGCUCGUACGUGUUUCCAUUCCCCGUGGACAUAGUCAAGAAAUGGAUGGAUAAAUAAGCCAGUUCUGUAUGCUAUAUACCAUGAC